AUGAACCGUUCAUAUGUUUUUCGAAGUCUUGUCACGGGAAAAGCACCACCAGUUGACUUUGUGGUAAACAGACAUUCAUAUGAUAUGUCGUAUUAUCUCGGUGAUGGCAUUUACCCAGAAAUUGCUACUAUUAUUAUGUCCAUUAAACAUCCAGAGGGAAAAAAGAAAAUAAAAUUUUCUGGGAUGCAAGAGGGUGCACAGAAAGAUGUAGAACAGGGAUUUGGUGUUUUGCAACAACAAUUUGGAAUCAUCAAACAACCUACAAGAAUGUGGGAUCCAGAUGUGCUUGCAUAUAUCAUGAAAACCCAUAUUAUUUUACAUAAUAUGAUAGUUCAGGAUGAACGUCUACCCGGUGAAUGGCCACAUGUAUACGAACAUCGCAGGAACCCAUCACCAGUUACUAUAUCAAGAGAAAACAGUGAAGCACUUUCCCCAAUUAGAGCUGCACAACGUGUUCGUGAAAUGCGUAACAAAUAA